AUGCCUAAGAAUAAAGGUAUAGGAGGUAAAAAUAGACAUAGAGGUAUGAAUGAAAAUGAAUCUGAGAAGAGAGAGCUGGUGUUCAAAGAGGAUGAACAAGAGUAUGCUCAGGUAAUCAAAAUAUCAGGAAAUGGACAAUUAGAAGCAAUGUGUUUUGAAGGUAUAAAGAGGUUAUGUCACAUCAGAGUGAAAUUGAGAGAAAAGGAUAACAAAGCUGAUGUAAUUUUAAACUACAAUGCAGAUGAAGCUAGAAGUCUGAAGGCAUAUGGUGAGCUUCCAGAGCAUGCUAAAAUCAAUGAAACAGAUACUUUUGAUCCUGGUGAUCAUGAUGAAAUCCAGUUUGAAGACAUUGGAGAUGAUGAUGAUGACAUUGAUGGUAUCUAA